AUGGAUUCAUCUGAGGUUAACCCAACCUGGACCCUGGAGUCUCCUCAAAUGUCCAUUGAUGAAAAUUCCCAGGCAAUUCCAGUUGCCUCUCAACCUAUGUCUGAAGUGUUCAUAAAGAACCUCUGUAACUUGACGCUCAACCCUAGUACCAAAUUGUCAUUCAUUCUACCAGAAUGUCUACCUCAACCAACUGGGCGGUUACUUGGUGAAAACAUACCCUAUAGGAGAGCGGUGAGGACCGUGUUAACUGAUCGGAGAGAAAAGAUGGAGGGGCUGAUCCAAUCUAUUAAAAAACGCUACGGCAAAGGAGUUCCUUGGUCUGACUCUCAAAGAGAACCACAGCAGAAUGACACUGAGACUCGAUCAAGAGAGCAAAGAUUUAGAUGUAGCUGCCGUUUUUGCUGGUUUCGGAAGCCCUCUGAGGAUAAUUAUGAGAAUUAUUACAACAAUAAGUAUUACAGUAAUUAUUAUGACAGACACAGAGUUGAAGGAGCCAUAAACCUUAUUCUUGAUAGGAUGGCACGUGUUCCAGUCCUGCCGGUGGCCUGGGAAGGUGGGAAAUGCCAAACCGGACAGGAAGGCCUCAGUCCUCAGGACUCAGCUCUGAUAGACCGCUCCUCACCUCUCUGGUCCCCGCUUGAAUUUAAAUUAUUCUUGCAACGAGAUAAUCCUGACAGUCCAACAUUUACAUCCCCUGUGGUGCAAAAAUUAAAUGAGGACAUUUAUAAGUACCGCCCUUGCCCUGGCUCAGCCCGGGCAGUGGCUGCAAAGGCUCCUCAGGUAGCCAAGGAGCCCUCUCUCACAAGCCUAGGAGCUCAGCGCUGCCUCCGCCCCACUCCCACCAGCUAA